CAGCCUCCCAACCGCUUCCCCUGUAGCGGGAUAAAAGUUGUACAAAUACAGGUGUGACGGGUGCUCCCGUUGGUUUUUGAAUAAUUCCCUCCAAAAGCAUGAAGUUGUUCAUCGUGUUGGUAAUGCUCUGUGGGCUUGCCACAGCCCAGCACAACCCUCAGCUGCGGCACGGCAGGACGGCCAUCGUGCAUCUCUUUGAGUGGCGCUGGGCGGAUAUCGCAGCAGAGUGUGAGCGCUUCCUGGGGCCCAAUGGUUUCGGGGGAGUGCAGAUCUCUCCUCCCAACGAGCACAUUGUGCUGAACAAACCCUGGAGGCCAUGGUGGCAAAGGUACCAGCCUGUGGGCUACAAACUGUGCUCCAGGUCCGGCGAUGAGCAGGAGCUGCAAGACAUGGUGACUCGAUGCAACAAUGUCGGUGUCAACAUUUACGUUGACGCCGUCAUCAAUCACAUGUGCGGGGCGGCUGGCGGUGAGGGGACGCACUCGUCGUGCGGGACCUGGUUCAGCGCCAGCACCAAAAACUUCCCCGACGUCCCCUACAGUGACUGGGACUUCAAUGACCGCAAAUGCAAAACAGGCAGCGGUGAGAUCGAAAACUACGGGGAUGCCAAUCAGGUGCGCGACUGUCGACUAGUGGGCCUUCUGGAUCUCGCCUUGGAGAAGGACUAUGUCAGGGACAAGGUUGCCGAGUUCAUGAACAAGCUUAUCGACAUGGGUGUGGCUGGGUUCAGAGUGGACGCCUGCAAGCACAUGUGGCCCGGAGACCUGGCUGCUGUCUAUGGCCGCCUGCACAAUCUCAGCUCCAAGUGGUUCGCCGAAGGUGCCAGACCCUUCAUUUUCCAGGAGGUAAUUGACCUUGGAGGCGAGCCCAUCUCAUCUCGCGAAUACUCCCAUCUGGGACGAGUGACUGAGUUCAAAUACAGCGCCAAAUUGGGAACUGUCUUCAGAAAAUGGCAUGGCGAGAAGUUGUGCUACACCAGAAACUGGGGUGAAGGAUGGGGUUUCUUGCCCAACCACAAUGCUGUUGUAUUCGUUGACAAUCACGACAACCAGCGAGGCCACGGCGCCGGUGGUGCGUCUGUAGUCACCUUCUGGGACUCGAGGCUCUACAAGAUGGCCAUGGGGUACAUGCUAGCCCAUCCGUAUGGCAUAACCAGGGUCAUGUCAAGCUUCCGCUGGAACCGGCACAUUGUCAAUGGAAAGGAUCAGAAUGAUUGGAUUGGACCGCCGAGUCAUAGCAACGGAAGCACCAAGUCUGUUCCAAUCAACCCUGAUCAGACCUGUGGAGAUGGAUGGGUGUGUGAGCACAGAUGGCGUCAGAUCAAAAACAUGGUCAUUUUCCGUAAUGUCGUCAACGGACAGCCUCAUACCAACUGGUGGGAUAACCAGGGUAACCAGGUCGCCUUUGGCCGUGGUAAUCGUGGUUUCAUCGUCUUUAACAAUGACAAUUGGGACCUCGAUGUGACCCUCAACACCGGCAUGCCUAGUGGCACCUACUGCGACGUAAUCUCCGGCCAAAAGGAAGGAGACAGAUGCACAGGAAAGCAGAUCUACGUUGGUGACGACGGUCGCGCCCGAUUCCGGAUCGGCACCAGAGAUGAAGACCCCUUUGUGGCAAUUCACACCGAAUCUAAAUUGUCCAAGAACCCAACAGUGCUGUUGUUGAGCUGCAACAGAGGGCAACUUUGUUACCAUGCUGCAACGGAGAACAAAAGACAUCUCUUUGAUCAGGUGGAUGUCGUGGAUACACCCUCGUUGGCCUGUGGAUGUCCUUUACACACUUUCCUCAUCCACUGAGGACUUCGUGCCAUCAAAGUGUCACCGCUGAGAGCUCCAAGCUGGACUUGGGAAAGAAAAUGAGACUCCACUGCAGAGGAUUGCUUUCUUUUCAUUUCUCACUUUCUCUUUGGCCUUUCCUUAUGACACCUCACCUAUAUUACUCUGGACUGAGCAGCAGCUACCAUAGUUCAGACUGUGAAAAAGGUGAUCCUGUGCUAGAACAUUCUACUCAUCUCAGUCGUCAUGGCAAUGUGACCUAAAAGUGGGAAAACGAAAGAGGGUAUAUAAUUUCAGAGCCUUCUGGAGAUAUGGAUGUUGAAUGCAGCCUUUUUUAAGAGUAAUUGUCACACAGGUGUUGGCUUCGGAGAGACACAGAGGACAUCAGGUAUGGUCAGAAGUGUGGUGGUCAAGAUUAUAGGAUCUGAGACCAAGAACUUAGCAAGAAUAACACUGCAAAGGGCACUGCAGUCGUUAAGAGUUGGCGGGGACUUGUUAUUUUACAAGGUGCUUUUUAACUAUCAUCAAUUUAUGAAUUUGAAGAACAAAAAAACAGACCUGGGCUUGACAGAAAGUCCAGGAAGUCCAAGGGUGGGUACUUCAUGGGGCACAUCAUCCGUUAAGUACGAAUCUGCUGCAAUAUUCAAUAUUCUACCCAACAGACAGAGUUGGACAUAGAUGACCAAAAAACCCAUAAGAAACAUUUUUCCUUGAAUACAUUUGAGAUCUUUUCAGAGGUUCUUCAAAAUAAACUUGUCCGCGAAAUAUGCAUGUUAAUAAGCUUCCAACAACAACCUAAUGAAAAUAUCAUUCAGAAGCACGUCAUGACAUAGGCGGAGUUUGACUUUUGGGGAAGGGCGGGCACAACAUGUUGAUGACCCCGAAAUGCAGUGUCAGCAAUAAAAUUAACUUACAAGAAUAUUUAUAAUAAAAAGUUGACAAUGAGCGUUUUUUGUUUCCCAUCAUUCUUGAGGGAUAUUCUAAAUGAGGCUGCUUAGGCAAUACUUUUCGCCAAGAUCGUCAUCCAUUGAAUAUGGUACGCCCUCCGGUGUCGUGCCAAUGUAGUUACCCGAGUAAAAAAUUGUAUUCCUUGGGCGGA